GAGUUUCUGACGUCUGUGAGAAAAAUGGCCGCCUCCACUGAAGCAACGCUUCUGUGAAUCAGUGUGUUUACAGACUUGUGUAGAAUAGAACAGGGCUUUUAUCUAACGUGUCACAGCUCAGCGGAGCGUCGGAACAAAUGAAGACCUUCUGCGGGAGAGCUAACCCGACCACCGGGGCUCUGGACUGGGUGGAGGAGAGUGAGGAGUACGACUUCCACCAGGAGAUAGCCAGGUCCUGUUACGCGGACAUGCUGCAUGAUCACGACAGGAAUGAGAAGUACUACCAGGGGAUCCGGGCGGCUGUGGCCAGAGUUAAGGCUCGUGGUGAGAAGGUCAUCAUCCUGGACAUUGGGACAGGGACAGGUCUACUGUCCAUGAUGGCCCUCACUGCUGGAGCUGACUUCUGCUAUGCUGUGGAGGUUUUUAAGCCCAUGGCUAAAGCUGCUCAGUGCAUCGUGGAGAAGAACGGCUUCUCUGACAGGAUCAAGAUUAUCAACAAACACUCUACUGAUGUCACUGUGGGGCCUGAUGGGGAUAUGCAGAUGAAGGCCAACGUCCUAAUAACAGAGCUGUUUGAUACAGAGCUCAUAGGUGAAGGAGCUCUGCCCAGCUAUGAACAUGCUCAUCAAAACCUUGUCCAGGAGGGCUGCGAGGCUGUUCCUCAUCGGGCCACGGUCUACGCUCAGCUGGUGGAGUCGGAGCUGCUGUGGAGCUGGGCUCAGAUGCAGCCGGUGGAGGUGGAAGGGGCCCGUCUGGUCCCGCCGCCCGCUGUGGGCCGCUGUGCUGGAGCCCAUUCGGUGUGUGACAUCCAGCUGAGCCAGGUAUCCCCAAACAGCUUCACCCCGCUGGGCCCUCUCUGCACCAUGUUCAGUGUGGAUUUCAGUAAGCCUGUGAGCAGUGCCUUCCAGUCCCACUCCUCCCAGUUUGUGGCUCAGUCUGGCGGUCGAGCGCAGGUGGUCCUGUCCUGGUGGGACCUUGACAUGGAUCCCAGUGGAAGCAUUGUGUGCACCAUGGCUCCCAGCUGGACAUACACACAGCCAAAGAUGGCUCCGUGGCGGGACCACUGGAUGCAGAGUGUGUACUUCCUGCCUGUGGAGAGGGGGGUGACAGAAGGAGAGGAGCUCAGUCUGACUGUCUGCCAUGAUGACUACAGUCUGUGGUACAGUCUGCAGUCUCCCAGCCAACAGACUCCAGAGUCACAGACUAAAGCUCUUUCGUCUCGGCCAUGUUGUACCUGCCAGGCUCACCUAGUAUGGACUCGGCCUCGGUUUGGUGAACUAAACGACAGACGGCGUACAGAGAGCUACGUCAGUGCACUGCGCAGUGUUCUGAGAGAGGGAAGCGUGUGUCUCAGUGUCAGUGAUGGAAGUCUGCUUCCUGUGUUUGCUCACAUGCUCGGAGCCAAAAAGGUCUUUGGUUUGGAAAACUCCAGAAUGUCCAAACAGGUUAUCGAGCAGGUGUUGGAGGCCAACUUGAUAAAAGGAGGUGUUGAGCUGCUGGAGAUGAGGCCUGACCAGCUGACCAGGAAUGACAUUGGAGGAGAACAGAUCUCUGUCCUGAUGGCUGAACCGUACUUCGGCACUAGCCUCCUACCCUGGCACUCCCUGUACUUCUGGUAUUGUCGCACCGCCCUGGCAGGCCUCCUGCAGCCCAACGCCACCAUAUUGCCUUCCUCUGCCACACUUCACAUGGUGGCUGUGGAGUUCCAGGAUUUGUGGAGGAUUAGAGCACCGUGUGGAACCUGUGAGGGCUUUGACGUUACACCCAUGGAUGAAAUGGUCCAGCAAUCUCUGGAUUUCCGUGAGUCCCGCGAGGCAGAGCCCCAUCCUCUGUGGGAGUACCCGUGCCGGGCCCUGACCCAGUCCACAGCCGUCAUGACCUUUGACUUCACACAGUGUGUCCCUCAGGAGCCAGUCAGCAGUCAGGGCUCACUGCCUUUCAUAAGGGGUGGUCGUUGCCAUGGUGUUGCAUUGUGGAUGGAAUACCAACUCACCCAUGACAUCAGUGUCAGUGCAGGUCUGAUUGGACCUAUCAGUGAGCAGGGUGACUGUGAGUGGGCUCGACACAGGAAGCAGGGAGUGUAUUUCUUCAGAUCACCGUGGGAAAGCUCAGAUGACGCCAGAGCUGCAGUGUCUUACAGCUUCACCUUUGAACCCAGUUCAGGAGACAUUAAGAUGGACUUCAGCAUCAAGGCUCAGUGAUGCUGAACAAUCUACUGAAGAACAAACUGUUAACGCUCUGCUUUUCACCUUAUGUCACUCUUUGCAUUUUGAUUCAAUAGCAUUCUUUUUCAAUAGUGGAAAAAUUGUAAUGUGACAAUUAUUAUUCCUAAUCCUGACCAGAACUCCGUGUUGUCAGACUGUGGAAGAUGGAGGCUCUCCACCAAAGCCCAGAAUGUUAUCAAUGGCCAUAUUAACGAGUAUAAAUAUAAUUCAUAUAUAUAAUAACCCAUGUCAAGGGCUUUUCUUUAAGAGAUUAAAGAAGUAUUUACCAACUCUAAAAUACAUCCACAUCCAUCAUUAAAGGCUAAUGGAGUCAGUGGCUUUGUUGAAGCACCAUAUUAGGGUCAUUACAGCAAAAGAAAUUGUGAGAACUUGGAACAGAGUUGACAGUUUUUGUGAAUUACUGACAAACCCAAAUGUUGAAUAAAGUUUUAUAUUGGUUGUCUA